ACAAGGGCUUGUAACAUCUGCUCCAGCCGGAGACAGGGAAAAAGGUGUUAUCUCGUUGUGCUAUUCGUUGCAGUUGAUGUUUGUGUGAAUAGUGUUGCGUAUUACACCUUCAGUUUGUUUUAUUCGUACAUUUUACUUCUUUAUUUAAAGCUAGAAUCAUACAAAAUGCCUCGUAUAAUGAUAAAAGGUGGAGUGUGGAGGAACACGGAGGAUGAGAUCUUGAAGGCAGCAGUAAUGAAAUAUGGGAAGAACCAAUGGUCCCGUAUUGCAUCUCUGCUACAUAGGAAAUCAGCAAAGCAAUGCAAAGCUCGUUGGUAUGAGUGGUUGGAUCCAAGUAUCAAGAAAACAGAAUGGAGUCGUGAAGAAGAUGAAAAACUAUUACAUCUAGCCAAAUUGAUGCCAACCCAGUGGCGAACCAUUGCACCUAUUAUUGGACGGACAGCAGCACAGUGUUUGGAGCGUUAUGAAUACCUGCUAGAUCAGGCACAGAAAAAGGAGGAUGGAGAAGAUACUGCAGAUGACCCACGCAAGUUGAAGCCAGGGGAAAUUGACCCCAAUCCAGAGACAAAACCUGCUCGUCCUGAUCCUAAGGAUAUGGAUGAAGAUGAACUGGAAAUGUUGUCUGAAGCACGCGCCCGACUUGCCAAUACUCAGGGAAAGAAAGCAAAGCGUAAAGCUAGGGAGAAGCAGCUAGAAGAAGCACGCAGGUUGGCAGCUCUGCAGAAACGGAGGGAGUUGCGAGCAGCUGGAAUUGAGUUAGCACCUAGGAAGAAAAAGAAGCGUGGAGUAGACUAUAAUGCAGAAAUACCAUUCGAAAAACGCCCUCAACCAGGAUUUCAUGAUACUAGCAAAGAGAUACUUGAUCCUUCAGCACCUGAUUUUAGCCGACUCAGGCAGCAGCACCUUGAUGGAGAACUGCGAACAGAGAAGGAAGAGCGUGAGCGUCGUAAGGACAAGCUGAAACUGAAGCAGCGCAAGGAGAAUGAUAUUCCCAUGGCUAUGCUGCAGAAUCAAGAGCCGGCAAAGAAGCGCAGCAAGUUGGUGCUACCAGAACCUCAGAUUUCAGACCAGGAGCUGCAGCAGGUGGUGAAACUGGGACGUGCAAGUGAGGCAGCCAGAGAAGUUGCGACUGAGGGUGGACAGCAACCUUCAGAUACACUCUUGGCUGAUUAUUCUCUGACCACUACUGGAGGCAUUCGAACGCCUCGUACUCCAGCACCCACAACUGACAGGAUCCUGCAGGAGGCCCAGAAUAUGAUGGCUCUCACUCAUGUAGACACACCCCUGAAAGGAGGAUUGAACACACCUUUGCAAAACUCAGAUUUUUCUGGCAUGACUCCACAACGGGAUAUUGUCACCACACCAAAUACUGUACUUGCAACUCCAUUCAGAAGCCAGCGUAGUGAUGCACCUCGUACUCCAGCAGGUGGAGGUUUCCAUACACCAAGCCUAGAUGGCAGCAGGGGAGCUGUCACACCUACUCCUAUUCGUGACAAACUAAGCAUUAAUCCAGAGGAGGGACUAGAUGUGGGAGACACCCCUCAAGCUAUGCAUAAUUAUCAACGCCAGUUAAAAGAGCAGCUUCGUUCUGGGCUGAACUCUUUACCUGCCCCAAGGAAUGAUUAUGAGAUAGUUGUCCCAGAUUCUGAGGAUGAGACGAUGGCACCAGUAGAAGCGGCGAACAAUACAGAGGACCAAGCAGAUGUGGACGCUAGAUACCUUGCUGAAUUGAAGGCCAAACGCGAAUUGGAGAUGCGAAGUCGUUCGCAGCCAGUUCAGCGGGACUUGCCUCGACCAGUAGAGGUCAACAUGGCAGUAUUGCGUCCACCACACACAGACCCCCCACUCACAGAACUGCAGAAGGCUGAAGAAUUGAUCAAAAAGGAAAUGGUAACAAUGCUUCAUUAUGAUGCAGUCUAUUCACCGCCCAUUAUACCAGCUGAUACUAAGAAGCGUGGUCAAGUGACGAGCCAGGCGCAGCAUUUAGCAUACCUUGAGCAACAUCCAUAUGAAUCCUACAGCCAGGAACAGUUAUCACAGGCACAUGCAGUGUUGCGGCAAGAGAUGGAAGUGGUAAAGCAAGGCAUGGGUCAUGGAGACUUGUCCCUUGACUCUUACACCCAAGUGUGGGAGGAGUGUCUUGCACAGGUGCUGUUUCUGCCAAGUCAAAAUCGGUACACACGUGCCAACCUGGCCAGCAAGAAGGAUCGUCUUGAGUCACAAGAAAAGCGCUUGGAACAGAACAGAGGGCAUAUGACACGUGAGGCAAAGAGAGCUGCCAAGAUGGAAAAGAAACUGAAAAUCCUUACAGGAGGAUACCAGUCACGAGCACAGGCACUUAUGAAGCAGCUGCAUGACUUAUAUGAGCAGAUAGAACAAGCACAGCUAGAACUAUCAACAUUCAACUUCCUUCAGCGCCAAGAAAUGGCUGCGAUACCCCGAAGACUUGAGUCACUCACAGAGGAUGUUACUAGGCAGACUGAACGAGAGAAGACGUUACAGGCCAAGUUCGCAGAGCUUCAAGAAACAGCAGAACAGUUACAGCACUGAAUGCUCUCGCUAGGAAGCAGCAAGAUUUGUAUUUGAGGCACCUAACUGUGCUUCUCCCUUCCCAAACAGCAUUAUGUAUGUGGCCACUGCAAAGUUUAUCUUUGUACCUACCUACAUUUUAAAGUAACCUUGGCCUAGCCAGUAACAUGCCUUGAAAUAUUAUAAUUGGAUGUGCUUGUUAAUUUGCUUGUAAGUGUGUGUAUUUCCAAGUUCUGAUCUGUCACGCUUUAUGCAGUGUUCUUCAAUACAGGAUUUUAUAUUAUUCAUUGUGUAAUUUCUCAAUAUUACAUUCCCUCCAUACUUUUAAUUCUUGAAUCUAUUGUCCUAUAGAGAAACAAUGAAUGGGAAUUUCACUGUAUAUGUGCAAGUAAUAGAAUUAAAAGGUAAUUUUAAUUAACUCAUUCCUCCAAUACCAUUCACUCCAUGACAUUAUGAACUACUUCUUUAAGUAAUCUUUUCUGUAGGGGGACAAAUUGUGAUGUAAGUAAGGAAGCUGUUUGUGCCGUGAUUUGGAGGGAGAUGUUUUGAAUUGUGUAUUAAUAAUUUUUGCAUGUUUGUCAUGAGUGAAAAUAAAUAAAAAUUCCAUGAUUUAUGAAAAAUAAAUCACUAACACAUAUAGGAAAGCAGUGUAGUGUUAUUUUGGAGAGGGUUAUUGGUUGAUUUACCAGUUAUCUUAAUUACUGUAAUUGUAAGUUUAAGACAGUAUCUCCUUUUUUCAGAAAAUUAUAAGGGUAUUUUCUUUUUCAGUUACUCUCUUGUUGAACUUCUUAAUAUCACAAUAGGGCAACUUUUCAUAGAUUGCCAUUAUAAGCUCUGGCUUAUCUUUUUAAAAUAAUUUCCAUGAACAUGACUGUGAAGUAUAGGAUUUGAGGUUUUCACAGUGGUGAAUACAAAGAUGAAGAUGGCUGUCUUCUGGGUUGUACUGCCAUGUAGCCUUUUAGAAGUUUACCAACAUUUUAUAGGUCUACUAUCUCCAUCAUCAGAGUGAUGUGUAUGCUGCAUGCAGAGAAUUUGUUCUGCUGGCCAGACUGUGACAUCCCCCCCCCCCCCCCCCCCCUGGUUCCCUGGCAUGGUGUAGUCAUUCAGGUGUACCAUAUGCAAGAUUAUGAGGUGUCACAACCCAGAAGACCACAAUCAUUAUGAAUAUAAAGGAAAAUGGCAAAUCCAGUAAUUUUUUGACGUAAAUACGUCUAUACAGAAGGGUCAUUUGGCAAAACAGCGUUAGGAAAAUGUGUAAGAUCCAUACCAAUAAUGUGUAAAUAUGGACUGACAAUGGUCAGCUUUUAUAUGAACCCCUGCAUGCAUAACAGUGCUUUACUCCUUUACCUAAGAAACUAAUUGUUAUGUCAUCUGUUUAUUCGGCAUUGUAGUGUUACAUAUAUUUUUUUAUUGAAGUGUAUGGAUGACUUGAAUGUGUACAAAAAGUUGAGAGAAAUACACAACAUAAACUACAAUGAAAUUUCAUUAUAUUUUUCUUUGCAUUUCCAAAUAUUUCCUGAAAGAAUGUGAUUUAAGGCAAAAAAAAAUUGUUCUUGUGAGGAUUGUGUUUUCAUGUAGACAUGUAUUGUAAUACCCAGCUGAAACCCACAUAUGUAAUGUUAUGAUCUAUCAAUUGUAAAUACUUCAUUGUGUCAUGUAGUUCACUAUCAUAUGCAUCAUUUUCUGUGUUUGUAGAAUAAAUAAAAAACAUUUAAUUCAGAAUAA